UACCUCUAAUACUUUGCAUUUGCAAUAAACAGGUAAAAAUGUCUUUAGACUCAACGCCAAAAGUUCUUUCCAUCCAAAGUCAUGUCGUCCAUGGAUAUGUUGGCAACAAGAGCGCUGUUUUUCCACUUCAAGUAUUAGGUUUUGAAGUGGAUGCCAUCAACACUGUGCAGUUUUCAACGCACACAGCCUACAAACACAUUAAGGGACCAAUUCUCAAAAAUGAAGACUUGGAGGAACUAAUUGAAGGGCUAAGAUUGAAUGAAGUUGAUUAUUACACUCAUUUUUUGACUGGAUAUUCAAGAUCUCCUGAUUCAUUAAAACAAAUUGCUCAGAUUAUCAAAAAGUUAAGACAGAAAAACCCCAAUCUAGUUUAUGUAUGUGAUCCUGUGAUGGGUGAUAAUGGUAAAAUGUAUGUACCAGACGACAUAUUACCAGUAUAUAGAGACAUAGUUGUCCCACUGGCAGAUAUACUUACGCCUAAUCAGUUUGAAGCAGAACUAAUAACUGGACUCAAGAUGAAAGACAUGGAUGGAGCACUCAAAGUCAUAGAUGCAUUACACGAUAAAGGAGUAAAGAUAGUGGUAUUGAGCAGUACAGAUCUAGGAAAUGGAGAAAAUAUUGUUGGCAUAGCCAGCAAUAAAGAUUCGUGUUACAAGAUCGAAAUGGCGAAGUUGAAUGCAAACUUCACAGGCACCGGGGAUCUGUUUGCGGCCCUCUUCCUGGCGUGGUUUCACAAAACUGAUAAUAACCUGAAAUUAACCCUUGAGAAGACAACAGCGACCUUGCAGCACAUUGUAAAAGACACCUAUGAUAAGGCAAGAGCUAUUCACACGACCGGCAAGAUACCGCCAGCUUUCAUUGAACUGCGACUCAUCCAAAACAAAGCGUUCAUAGAAAAUCCCAAUAUCACUGUAGACUGUACAAAAAUUAAAGGAUAAGAGGUAAACUUGAAAAUAAGUCUGGUAAGAGACCAUAGAAAUCUAAAUAAAAGUCAAUAGAAAUGGCGUGAACUCGUGAAAAGUAUCCUAUAACAUUCUUCAUAUUAUGAUCUCAAAGCGUGCGAAGUUUUAUUUGAAUUCAUUCAGUAGUUUCAGCGUGAUGUCCUCAACAAAAAACGCGGGCAGACAGACAGACAAAAAAAAUGGGUUUAGUGGCUAUAGUAUUGAUUAUAUAAUGCCCUCCAAUAAAAAAUGUCAAAAUAUCUUUAAUGGACAGAAUUACCUGUUACAGUUUUUUUAAAUACAUUUAGGGUAUAUAACCCGUUAUCAUGAAAACCGAGAUCCCGAAUGUAGAUAUUUCCGUGAUUAAAAUCCUAGAUCAUUAUAAUUUUUUUUUCGAUAGCGUGUGAGUUUGCUUGUGGUCAUUCUUGUUAUCGCUAUGCGAUUUCUUGUAUUGGAUACAUAAACGUCGCGGUGGUUUACAGACGCGGCCACGGACACGGUGUAUAUAUCCGAGAAUUCUCAGAUUAAAAAUGAAAGUUGUUUAUUUACGUACAUAGACUUUAACGACAAGCACCCUGUCCUGUCACUGGUUUUAACACGCGCGUUGUCAGUGCUAAUCAGCUAAUAUCUUUGUUAUUAUUUACUUUUUUAUGAAUGCCGAAAUCUCGGGAUCGAAAAAAAACUAGAGAUCAAAUUUUCUAAUUUUACAUUUAAAAAAAACCUCAAUCGGUCCAGCCGGGGAUCGCACCAUUGAUAAAAUGUACAAAUGUGCUACUGUAUAGAGUACCCUACGCCAUUUCUAUUGCCAGACAGAGAGACAAUAAUAUGUAUAUUAUUUUUUUUUUAUAAAUUUUUAAUAGUGUUUUGUAUUUUAACAUUGUUAAAAAUUUUAAAAAAAAUAAUAAAUAAAUUUUAGAGGAAAAAAAAUUUAAUUAUAUAAUAAAAAAAUAUCAAUUUUGUUAUUUAGUUCUUAAUGUAUCACAAAUUAUAUCAUCAUGAUUAUCAAAAACACAUUCAAAACUUCUUUAUAUAGAAUAUUUGUUCAUUUUAAAUUGUCAUGAUAUAUUUGUGUUUUUCGUUAUAUGUUAAGAAAAAAUAGUUAUGGUGAUAAGUAAAGUUUAAUAUAAAGAUGUUCUAUGAAAAUAUUUAAUGCUAUUGAUAAUUUUUACAUAUUACAUAAAUAUUAUAUGUGGAUAAAAUAUAUAGCUAGUUUUAAUAUACUUACUAUUAUAGUAAUAAUUUUGGUAAAAAAAUAUAUAUUAUAGAGAUUCAUAGUCAGUAUAUCAUAUGAUAUGUACCUACGAGUAUAAAGUUAAUUUAAAUUUUAAAUCAAAAUUUAAAGUAUUAUUUGCAUUUUGUCCAAAAUCAAAUUUAUAUUUUUUACAAGAAAACAUGAAAUAUUACAUUUUAUUGCAUUAUGCAGGUAGAUUUAAGUUUUAUUUAUCUAAAAGACCAACAGUAAGUCUUCCAAUAACAGAAUAAGGAUAGUCUGUGAUAUUUGAAUAUGUUAUUUUUAAUGCAUUUACUAUCUAUACAGGGUGCUCGGGAGUAUUUCCCAUAAUUUCAAAGUGUUGACGAGUCCACUUAUAGGAGUCAAACUGCGUAUCUAAUAUUUUAUUAUCUAAAAAAUAAAAACUUUUUAGGUUUUCAUACAAAGUAAUUCAAAUAAUUCCGACUAUCCAUGUAAUACACUUUAUCUAUCCUUGCAUUUUAAAAUACGUCAAACUUGGCUACGUCAUAAUUACAAAGAUGCGUUUAUGGGACAUAUUUUAAGAUCUAUUUACAAAAUAUAUGUUAUUUACCCCGAAAAUAUUUAUUUUAAAACACAUGUUCCUUGAACAUUUUAAAUUAAUUUUCGGUAAAGAAAAUUAACCCUAGAGUUAAGGGAAAUACUCCCGAGCAACCUGUAUAAUAUGAUUGAAUUGAUGUGAUUUAAUUUUAUUUUGAACACCAAAUGAAUGUUGUACGCUUUCAAGUUUUGACACAAUAAAAGUAUCUUUAAUAUGCAA